AUGUUGGAAGGCAGCAUUAUCGAGGCUUUCAAAGAGAGCGUGGAGCGCUCCGAUCCUCAACAUGCUGAUAAUCGCAACGAUGUCACUCAGGGCAUCCAUGGCCAUCUACAUCACUUUGCGGCUGGCCAUCACGUCUGGUUGAACAAAUUCGUGCCUCAGUUGCAAUCUCUUGCAGCCAAGUAUCACGUCGGCAACUACGUUGCAAUUAGAGGCACCAAUCAACGAAUUUUUGAAAGCAUGCCGAUCUAUGCACGUUUGGGCAUGCAUAUCUUAUUUUAUGGGAGGGAGCAGGUCAAGCUCUUGGAAGGAAACAAGCGCAUCGAGGCACUUCUGAUGGAGCAGAGCAAGCGUGAGGGGCAGAUCUACGACUCGCCCGGGUCCAGGAGUCACAUCCCAUCAUUCAUACAGACCUACAACAUUGACACAAACGAGCUGCUAUAUCCGCCCGACAGCCCAGCAUACAAGAAUUUCAAUGACUUCUUCUAUCGGAAACUCAAGCCUGGAGCCCGCCCUGUGCAGAACCCUGAUCACGAAUUCUGCAGUGCCGCGGACUGCCGGCUUGUCGUAUACCCUGCGAUACACGAUGCGCAGACUUUUUGGAUCAAGGGGGACGAGUUCACAGUUCCUGCCCUCCUAGGAUUAGACAAAUCUGAUCCGCUCUGCCGGGCGCUGGAAGGCGGCUCUCUCGCAUCAUUUCGCCUUGCACCAUCAGACUAUCACCGCUUCCACUCACUUGCGGAUGUCACUGUCAUUGGUAAACCAAGGGAUAUUCCUGGACAGUAUUUCACAGUCAACCCGCAGGCAGUCAACGAGAAAAAUCUUGAUGUACUGUCUGCCAACAAGAGAUCGGUUCUCAUUCUAAACCAUGACGCGACGAAUAAGAAGAUCGCAUUCGUUGCAGUCGGCGCCUUGCUCGUUGGAAGCAUCCAGUGGACCGUUUCGGCGGGCUCCAAGGUUCGGCGUGGAGAAGAACUUGGGUACUUCGCAUACGGAGGUAGCACUGUCGUUGCUAUCCUCGAGCCGGGGAUGGUCGAAUGGGAUUCCGAUCUUGUGGCCAACUCUUCGCCCCGGACGCCGGGUAAACUUGGAACCGAGACUCUGAUGAAAGUUGGCUGGUCGAUUGGGAAGGCACCAAGGAAGUAA